AUGUCUAUCGCCCUGCUCAAAAAGUACCUUCCCAUAUCUCUCGCACUACUCCUCUUUUACGGCAGCGCCUCACGAUUUAGCCACGGUGUAACGUCAACUGCAUCCUUCUAUCAGUAUCAAAAUGACCGAAGUCCCGAUGAUGGCUCAACUCUGUCCCGCAUGAUCCCCAUCUUCGAUGUUAUCGUUGGGGCCGCGAUUCUACAGCAAGGACUGUCACGCAAAGUUGCAACAUGUUUUGUCGCAUCGACUAUCAGCAGCGUGGCUUUUCAGCGUUACUUGGCUGGUCUAGAUUGUAAAGGGGACUUUCUACAGGUCAUCUGGGCGACUGCUGCAGCGAUUGCGGCUCUGAUUUGA